UGUAUUUCUGAAUUAUAUAUAUAUCUGUGUUGUUUUGUGUGGAAAAGUUCAGAUCAGAUGUCUUGUGGUAUCUUAAGGAGUGAAUCGUCCACUGAUUUGGACACCAAUUCACAUGAAUAUCGUGCCAAUAGACAGCUUCGGCUAAUUUGUGGCUACAAUUGCUGGCAAUGGCUAUUCCUGAUAACCGCUGCCAUCGAGGUAUCACUACUGACCAUAUUUACGGCACUUGAGUUGGAUUAUCUCCUACUAAAUCCCAGUCAAUCAUCUGAUACUUCAUUUGUAUUGAAUAUCAUUGUUUUGGUUAUUUGUGCAUUUUCAUUGAUAUUUCUAUUUCACGGUGUAUUUUGGGACAAACAAUAUGAUAUAACAUUGUUUAUAGUAUCGAUGGCUAUCCUAACCAUUUAUAUUGCAUUUGAGUUUACAUUUACCAUUGAUUACAACUCUAUACGUAAAUUGACUCGUCUAUCAAUAUCAUUGUCGAUGACAUCCUUAAUGGUAAUACUAUCCCGAAUUGUUGUACACUUUUCUCAAGAAUAUUCUAUCAUUGGUGUGGCUCCGGGACUAAUAGUGAUGUAUAAAAAUCAAUGCUAUUUUCAGAUACUAUUGAAACUGGAUUUUCUAAAUGCUAUUUGUUUUGGUUUAUUUAAUAUCAGUUUAUCAAUCAAUGAUCCGAUACCACAAUAUAGUGUAUUAUCCAUAAUCAUAACGUUUGCAUCGAUACAAUGGGUUACUGGAAAAAUUGCUGUUUUAAAGGAAGUCAAGUGCUGUUUAUUAUUGUUUGUAUGCCUAUCCAUAACAUCACUGUUGUGGGUGCCGUUACAGUUUGUAUUCAUGCGAUCCUGUUUUCAAUCGACUGUCUGUCUGUCCCAACAAUUACUAUUGACAUACAGUUCCCUAUUUUCGGCACUGGUAUUGGUUUUUGUCCGUAUUUUACUAUUUAUGCAACUAUUGAGAGCCCACCGAAACUUUGGCUACGGUCUCGCCGAUGCAGCGUUUGUGGGAUUAGUUAAUGAAACUACACGUCUAUUAUCGCGAACUCCUAGAAGACGAUCGGAUAUAUAA